UUGUUUCAUUCAAAGAUGUGACUGUGGACUUUACUCAAGAGGAGUGGCAGCAGCUGGACUCUGCUCAAAGAAACCUGUACAAGGAUGUGAUGCUGGAGAACUAUAGCAACCUUGUUUCAGUGGCAAGGAGAACCAUGGAUGGAGGAGGGAGAAAUGUCAAAUUGGGCCUAUUCAGAGUUUGAAAUUAGACCCAAAAUGAAAGAAUUAGCUCCACAGAAGAGCAUUUCUGAAGAAGUAAUACUCCAUAACAUGAUAGUAUGCUCAAUUUUUGAAGACUGGAAACUUGAAGAUGAGAUAAAUUACCAGGAAAACCAAGACAAGCUUUUGAAUCAAGUUACAUUUAUUAACAAUAAGUCACUGACUGAGGAGAUAGACCAAGAAUAUAAUGCACUGUGGAAAGUAGUUCAUCUGAACAGAACAUCUGAUGAACACAUCAGAGCCUUCAUACAUAAGUCUCACCUCUCUGCACAACCAAAAUUUCUAACAAGUGAAAAAUAUAAAUGUAUUCAGUGUGGGAAAGCCUUCAGUGGAAAGUCAGGACUUAUCGUACAUCAGAGAAUUCAUACCGGGGAAAAACCAUACAAAUGUAAUGACUGUGAAAAAGCCUUUAUUCAGAAGUCACAGCUCACUGUACAUCAGAGAACUCAUACAGGAGAGAAGCCCUAUGAAUGUAGUGAAUGUGGAAAAGCAUUCAUCCAGAAGUCAAACCUCAUUAUUCAUCAGAGGAUUCACACAGGGGAGAAACCCUAUGAAUGCAAUGAAUGUGGGAAGGCUUUCAUCAAGAAGUCAGCUCUCAGUGUUCAUCAAAGAGCUCAUACGGGGGAGAAACCAUAUGAAUGUGAUGAAUGUGGAAAAGCCUUUAUCUGGCGGUCACAGCUCAUUGUACAUCAGAGAAUUCAUACUGGGGAGAAACCCCAUAGAUGUAAUGAGUGUGGAAAAGUCUUCAACAGAAAGUCAGAACUAAGUGUGCAUCACAGAAUUCAUACUGGAGAGAAACCCUUUGAAUGUAAUGAAUGUAAAAAAGCCUUCAUUCAGAAGUCAGAUCUCAUUGUACAUCAGAGAACUCACAGUGGGGACAAAAGAUAUCAAUGCAAUGAACGUGGGAAAGCCUUCAUCCGGAGUUCACAGUUCAUUGAACAUCAGAGAAUUCAUACUGGGGAGAAACCUUAUGAAUGUAGUGAAUGCAGAAAAGCUUUUAUCCAGAAAUCACAACUCAUUGUGCAUCAGAGAAUCCAUACUGGGACAAAACCAUAUGAAUGCACUGAGUGUGGAAAAGCCUUUAGCAAGAAGUCACACCUUACUGUACAUCAUAGAAUACAUACUGGAGAAAAACCCUAUGAAUGCAGUGAUUGUAGAAAAGCUUUCAGCAAGAAAUCUACUCUCAUUGUUCAUCAGAGAAUUCAUAUUGAACAGAAACACCAUAAUUCAGUACUAAUGGAAUCUGAGAAAAUUUGUAUGAGAGAGAAACGUAAAUGUAAACUAUGUGGUAAAUCCUUUAGCCGAAACACUAGUCUUAUUCAACAUCAAAGAAUACAUACUGGAGAGAAACCUUAUGAAUGUAAUGAAUGUGGAAAAGCUUUUAGUCAGAGCACUAACCUUAUUCAACAUCAAAGAGUCCAUACUGGGGAGAAACCUUAUAAGUGUAAUGAAUGUGAAAAAGCCUUUAGUCAUAGGUCAUCCCUUAGAAAUCAUGAGAGAAUACAUACUGGAGAAAAACCCUAUCCUUGUAAUGAAUGUGGAAAAGUUUUCAGCCAUAUUUCAGCCCUUAGUCAACAUCACAGAAUUCACACUGGAAAGAAACCAUAUGCAUGUGUUGAAUGUGGGAAAACCUUCAACCGGAGCACACAUCUUAUAGAACAUCAAGGCAUUCAUUCUGGGGAGAAAUCCUACCAGUGUAAGGAAUGUAAGAAAGUUUUUUGCCACAGCUCAUCACUAAUCCGACAUCAGAGAACUCACACAGGAGAAAAACUGUACAAAUGUAAUGAAUGUGGAAAAGCCUUCAGCCAUAACCCAGCCUUCAUUCAACAUCAGAGAAUUCAUACUGGAGAGAAACCUUAUGAAUGUAAUGAAUGUGGAAGAGCUUUUAGUCAGAGCACUAACCUUAUUCAACAUCAAAGAGUCCAUACUGGGGAAAAACCUUAUGAGUGUAAUGAAUGUGAAAAAGCCUUUAGUCACAGGUCAUCCCUUAGAAAUCAUGAGAGAAUACAUACUGGAGAAAAACCCUAUCCUUGUAAUGAAUGUGGGAAGGCUUUCAGCCAUAUUUCAGCCCUUAUUCAGCAUCACAGAAUUCACACUGGAAAGAAACCAUAUGCAUGUGUUGAAUGUGGGAAAACCUUCAGCCGGAGCACACAUCUUAUAGAACAUCAAGGCAUUCAUUCUGGGGAGAAAUCCUACCAGUGUAAGGAAUGUAGGAAAGUUUUUUGCCACAGCUCAUCACUAAUCCGACAUCAGAGAACUCACACAGGAGAAAAACCCUACAAAUGUAAUGAAUGUGGAAAAGCCUUCAGCCAUACCCCAGCCUUCAUUCAACAUCAGAGAAUUCAUACUGGAGAGAAACCCUAUGAGUGUAAUGAAUGUGGAAAGGCCUUUAAUCGGAGUGCACAUCUUACUGAACACCAGAGAACUCACACUGGAGAGAAACCUUAUGUUUGUAAGGAAUGUGGAAAAACUUUCAGCCGAAGUACACACCUUACUGAACAUCUAAAAAUACAUUCUGGUGUGAAACCCUAUCAAUGUAAUGAAUGUCAAAAACUGUUUUGCUAUAGAACAUCAUUAAUUCGACAUCAGAGAACUCAUACAGAAGCAAAACCCUACCAGUGUAAUGAAUGUGGAAAAUCCUUCAGCUUAAGCUCAGCCCUUACUAAACAUAAGCGAACACACACAGUGGAGAAACCUUAUCAGGGUAAUGAAUGGGGGAGAGCCUGCAGCCAUAGGUCAUCCCUUACCCCUGAGCACUCACAGUAGUAAAAAACUCUUAAGAUUGUUAUGCAAGAAAAACUUGAGGUAAAAUACUCAUUUACUCAAUAUUAUAGUGUUCGUACUGAGAAGAAACACUGUUCUUGUAAUUCAUCUGAAAAAUGUGUUAUCAUUGAU